CAUUCUUAGUUUUCUUCCCUUUGUUUUUUAUGAUUAGUGAGUGGAAUCAUACACAUUGAAAACUCUCCUUAAAAGACCAAUUUUCAAAACACAUAUUGCAUAUUGCAUAUUGAAUAUUCAUCUUUGGGUAGAUUCUUUUGUGCUGAAGAACAGAUGGAUAGAAGCUCAGGUAGUGGUUAUGGUGGAAAUGCACAAUCUGCUCAACCUGGAUUUUCAGGUCCAAGGAUGUAUGAAGCAAAUACAGGUAGCCAAGGUACUAAUUAUGGUGGGAAUACACAAUCUGCUGAAACUGAGUUCUCAGGUCCAACUAUGUAUCAGCCAAAUACAGUUCGUGGGACUGUUUGGAGUACUGGAUUGUUUGAUUGCCAUGAAGAUGAAACAAAUGCGGUCAUGACAGCAUUCCUACCAUGUGUAACAUUUGGACAGAUUGCAGAAGUGAUGGAUCAAGGAGAAUUAACCUGUCCUUUGGGAAGUCUUAUAUAUGCUCUGAUGAUGCCUGCUUUGUGUUCACAAUGGCUUAUGGGCUCAAAAUAUAGAACAAGAUUGAGAGAGAGAUAUAAUUUGGUAGAAGCUCCAUAUACUGAUAUCAUUUCUCAUGUGUUCUGCCCAUGUUGUUCACUUUGUCAAGAGUUCAGAGAACUUCGGAAGAGAGGACUUGACCCAGCUUUAGGAUGGAAUGGAAUUUUGGCUCAAAGACAAGCAACACAACAUGAAACAAUGGAAGUUCCUCCUCCAAGACAGACCAUGUUUUGAUUAAUCAACUGGAAAACAUGUCGAAUUUUCUCAACCGUCGAUUGUGUGUGGUUCUCUUUCUAUUUUCUUCUUUCCUUUUCUAAGCUUUUUAAUUUGUUUACUUACUAUAAAUGUGUGUUUCUUCCCCACCACCACCACCACUCCAUUCUUAUAAAUGUAUUUGAAAUGAAACCAAAUUUUAAUGAAAAGUUGAUCAAACAUUUUUUGUUA